AUGACGCUUCACAUCCAUGAGGUCAUCUUUUUUUUUGCGUUCUACCAGCUCAUCCAGUCCGUGGUGUCGCCGCUUCUCUCGACCGCUCUGUUCCCCAAAUUUUACCCUCACUUUAACCGUCGAACGAAGCUGAACUGGGAUGUUCAUGUAGUGUCUCUUAUUCAAAGCUGCCUCGUUAAUGCCGCCGCUCUUUGGGUUAUGUUUGCGGACAAGGAGCGUCAGGCGAUGACUUCGUCUGAGAGGGUCCGUGGCUAUUCAGGCACAUGUGGCCUGGUACAGGCGAUGGCGGUGGGAUAUUUUAUUUGGGACCUGAUUGUUAGCACGCGGUACAUUGGUGUGUUUGGUAUUGGGCUUUGGUUCCAUGCCGUCAGCGCGUUGUGGGUGUUUAGCUUGGGCUUUCGGCCUUUCGUAAACUACUACGCCCCAACUUUCAUCCUUUAUGAACUCUCCAGCCCGUUUCUCAAUUUCCACUGGUUUUUCGAUAAAGUCAACAUGACGGGCAGUAAGGCACAAUGGUACAAUGGAAUGAUGCUGCUAUUGGUGUUCUUUUGCUGUCGCCUUGUUUGGGGUACAUGGCAGUCCUUCCGGGUUUUCAUCGACAUCUUCACGGUUUAUUCAGGAGCCAGUGGUGGCUCUACCCGGAUCUCAGUAAAUGCAACAAAUGCAGAAGCUUCCAAAUUCGCGGAUGACUCAAUGGCUGGUAGCGUCCCCCUCUGGCUUGUCGCGACGUACCUCAGCAGCAACUUCACCCUCAACUCCUUGAAUUUCUUCUGGUUCUGGAGAAUGAUCGAAACCGUCAUGAAGCGAUUUAGAGCGCCAGCACCAGACACGAAGACGAAAGUGGAAACGGAAGAGCCCGCUACAGCGGCCAAAAGGGAAGCUUCCGAUAGCAGUGACGCCGUGCUUGAAGCAGCUGCUAAACUUGAGGAACAAGAGAGACUCUUCAUCAACGGCGGCAUGCCUGAAUAUUCUGAUGGGGAGAAAACAACAGUAACAUCAUCGACUGGCACUGCAACUGCUCCUUCAGCUCGGAGGCGGAAAGGGUAG